AUGUUUGAACAAGUAUAUCUUGAGAUUUCAGCAGUUGAAUUCAUUAAAAGAAAUAGUGAAAAAGAAACUAAACAUGAAAGAGGUAUUAUUUUUAAGGAGAAAUUCAUGAAUUUCGAUAUAUUUUUCGGCAUGAAAAGAGGAGAAAUUAAUCAGACUCCUAUUACAAAAAUUGAUUUAAUUGCAAACAUAAAUGAUAUUGAUUCUAGAUUUGAAGUUACAAUAAAGUUUACAAACAAUAAAGAUGGCUAUAAGUAUUAGUGGUAUCUAGAAGGUAUGCUGCUCGUGCCUAUUAAAUGA